UGUGUAAUUUUCGAUCUGACAACUUGUAAACUGAAAAAGUUUAAUCUCUCGUCGUUUAAUUAUAAAAAAAAAAACUAUUUAAACGAACAAAAUGUAUAAACCGGAAUUGUAUGAAGAAAAUCAUCGACAUGAUAAAAUUGUGCUGGAACUAUUAGAAAAAUAUAAAUUCGAUUGGCGUGCUGAUGGCACAGACUCUUUAAUUGACAUCGGUUGUGCAUCCGGUGAUGUUACAAUUAAGUACAUACUGCCACUUUUACCGCCAAACUUUAAACACUUGAUUGGCGUCGAUGUAUCGGAUAAAAUGAUUUCUUAUGCCCAAGAAAAGUAUUCACGUCCAAAUGUUGAAUUUAAACUGUUCGAUAUUGGCGUCGAUAGUAGUGAUCGCUUGCAACAUGUUGAUCACAUAACGUCAUUUUUAUGUUUGCAUUGGGUAAAAGAUCAAAAGGCGGCCAUUCAAAACAUUUACAAUUUACUGAAUGAUGGGGGCGAUUGUUUAUUGUGGCUAGCUUCUCAUAAUCAAUUUUAUCGCGCCUAUGAACAAAUGGCAGUUCAGGAAAAGUGGUCAAAAUACAUGGGUGGUGUUGACAGUUUUAUUACGCCGUAUCAAAACUUGAAAAGCCCGGAAUUGGCUUUUAAGCGUCUACUGGAAGAAUGUGGAUUUUCUACCAUCCACGUUGAAGCGGAAAAACAUGAAUUCACAUUUGAUGAUGUAAAUCAGUUCAAAGCUUUAUUAAGGUCGGUUGAUCCGUUUUACGAACGAAUUCCUACAGAUCAACAUGAAAACUAUUUCAACCAAGUGGUUUUUGCGACUUGUGCUUCGACUCACUUAAGCAGCUCGUUCAAUGUUUCUAUGCGCAGCAUAGUUGCAUAUGCUAAAAAGUAGACUUUUGACAAAAUGCGAAUUAACGAAAGUUAUUUCAAUAAACA